AUGUCUAAUAUUCGAGAAGAUUUAAUUUAUGCAGCUCUUACAAGGGCACAUUUAUCAAUUGAUUAUAAUAUUCACAAUAACUUCCACAAACAAUAUGAAUUUUGUGAACAAGUAAUUCUUGCUAAUAAUUCUCUAACAGAAGAAGAAAAAACUGAAGCAAUAAGAAGAAAUAAUAAAGAUUAUGACGCAGAUAAAAUUUUUUAUAAUGAAGGAACAAGAAGAAUUUGUGAAAAUUGUAACCAAAAAUGUUUAGCUACAUUAUAUUGUGAAUAUUGUGUUCAAAAUUAUUUAAAAGCAAAUUUUCCAAAUUGGACAUCUGGAAAUAAUGAUAUCGAUAAUUUAAUAAAAAAUUGUCAAUCAGAAACACUUAUACCAAGUGUUAUUAUUGAAUGGAUCCCCUACAGUAAUUUACAAAAUAUUAAAUAUCUAACAAAAGGUGGAUUCUCAGAGAUUUAUACAGCAUAUUGGAUUGAUAGACAAUAUAGAGAAUGGAAUUCUAAAAAACAACAAUUAAUAAGAGAUGGAACUCAUUACGUAAUACUUAAGGAAUUAAAAAAUGUUGAAGAUGCAAGUCAAAGUUGGUUUGAAGAGACUAAAUCACAUUUAACUAUAAGCAACAAACAUUCAGAGAUUGUUCAAUGUUUUGGUUUAACAAAAAAUCCAUCAAAUGGAAAUUAUUUACUUAUAAUGAGAAAAAUGGAUGGAAAUUUAAGAGAAUAUUUACAACAAAAUCAUAAUCAACUUACAUGGAAUGAAAGGAUUAACAUUACUUAU